AUGUCUGCUCCUUCUUGCGGUGGCGGAGGACAAGGAGCCGGUGGAACAGGUUCAGCUCUUGCUCCUCCGUCUCUACCGCCGCCUCGUCCCAAGUCUCCGCCGGAGUAUCCAGAUUUGUAUGGGAAGCGUAGAGAGGCGGCGAGAGUUCAGAUGCUAGAGAGAGAGAUUGGUUUUCUCGAGGGGGAAAUAAAAUUCAUCGAAGGCAUACAACCAGCUUCUAGAUGCUGCAAAGAGCUUUCUGAUUUUGUGGUUGCAAAUUCUGACCCAUUGAUCCCUGCACAACGAAAGAGUCGAAGGUCCUGCCGGUUCUGGAAGUGGCUCUGGUAA